AUAGAAGACUCGUAAUAGCAAAUACCCCAAACUCAAAAGAAGAAUAUUGUAAGAUUUUAGGGAUAAGAGGUAGAAAAUGGUAGCCAUACAACAAACCACCCUUUUUUUCUCUUCUAGUAAUAUUUUGGAUCAUCUUCCAAACAAAUCCGCCCAAAGAUAUAAAAUCAGUACUUUAGCUAAGAAGAAAGAUUUGUCUGAUGAUUCAACAACCCAACAACACCACAACCCCUUUUUUCCUCUUGUAAUUUCUAAUAACAACAUUCUUAUUCAGUCUGCCAUCGCAGUCUUUGGUUUGGGCUUCAUUGAUGCUGGAAUUCAAUUGUUUAGGUAUAGUGGUGAUUGGUCAAGGAUUGGAGUGAUCUCAAAGGAGAGUGAGGACUUGCUUAAAUUUGCGGCUUUUCUUGUUAUUCCUUUUUGUAUUUUUCUUAUCUAUUCCAUUUCUAAACAAGAGUAAAAACUUCUAUUUGCAAUCGAGUAAGCUUAAAUCUAUUGGCAUGGCAUUGUUGUAAGAAUUUAAGUAUUUGGUUUGAUAAGUUUUAUAAAUGAUGUUAUAUUUGGUUAGCAUAUGGGAAUGAAAAUCAUAUUGUUACAUCAUUACAGAAAUUUAUUAUAACUCUUUUCAUUUUUA